AUGAUGUCUCGACAGCCCAAUGUUGCCAGCAGCCUGAUAAUGCCAGGCAGGCAUAGACGAGAACAGCAACAGCAGCACACAGAAUGUGAGCAUAUAAGACAGCAGCAACAGCAGCACAACACACAAUGUGAGCAUAUAAGACAGCAGCAACAGCAGCAACAGCAGCACAACACACAAUGUGAGCAUAUAAGACAACAGCAACAGCAGCUCAACACACAAUGUGAGCAUAUAAGACAGCAGCAACAGCAGCACAACACACAAUGUGAGCAUAUAAGACAGCAGCAACAGAAGCUCAACACACAAUGUGAGCAUAUAAGACAGCAGCAACAGCAGCACAACACACAAUGUGAGCAUAUAAGACAGCAGCAACAGCAGCACAACACACAAUGUGAGCAUAUAAGACAGCAGCAACAGCAGCUCAACACACAAUGUGAGCAUAUAAGACAGCAGCAACAGCAGCACAACACACAAUGUGAGCAUAUAAGACAGCAGCAACAGCAGCACAACACACAAUGUGAGCAUAUAAGACAGCAGCAACAGCAGCACAAUACAGAAUGUGAGCAUAUAAGACAGCAGCAACAGCAGCACAACACACAAUGUGAGCAUAUAAGACAGCAGCAACAGCAGCACAACACACAAUGUGAGGGAAACACUAAUAUUUGGAAAUCUAAAUCAUGA